ACUAUUUUGGCCAAAAUCAAAGUGUUAUGAUUACUUAUAUCAAGAAGCAGAAACUCUUCUGAAAAAUUUUCCAAUUCAAGCCACAAUUUCAUUUUGUGAAGAUUCUGAUAGUGAAGAUGAAAUUGAGGAGCUGACCUGUGAAAAUUAA